UAUUGGCCAUUAAGUGUAUCGUAAAGAAGUUUUUUAGUAGAGGUUUUUAAAUAACCAUUCAAAUGAUAUAAAAGUUGCCAGAUUAUUGUGAUUGUGUGCGUUCGGUGUUAGUGUUUGCUUUGCGACGGUAAAAGAGCGGGUAAUGUUUAAUCUCUGUUGUUCUUGGUCGGGGAUACAAUACAGAUUAACUAAAGUGACUUUUCUAGCUUAGAGCCCAAUCUGUUAAAUAAGUAUCUCUUUUGUCCUUACCCAAAACUUCGGUUGAAAAGACGUAAGUUCCGUUCAAAGCAAAUUUUACUGCCUUGCGUGUCAAAAGUUUCAAAUUCAUAGAACAGCUACAAAACGACCAUAAUUUUAAAUUUUUUACUGUAAAAUAUUGAGGUUUUUAAUUUGAAAUACCAGUAAAGAAACGGUGAGAUGGCGGUCCACGAAGCAAGAAAGAAAAGAUAUAAGAAAGUGCCUCCGGAUGGUGGAUAUGGUUAUUGGAUUUUGGUGGCGUCUUCUCUGAACUUGGUCUCAUCUACAAUGUUUUACGUAUGUUUCGGAAUGAUUUACAAUGACUUCUUCAUCAAACUGGGCAUCGGCACCACGGGCAUCAGUGUGCUGACGGGGAUCAGGGCGGUGGGCAUGGCAUUCUCCGGUUUCAUGACAGGGCCGCUACUGAAAAUCAUGAGCAGACGCAAGCUGGCCCUCGUAGGUGCUACUUUCUACAACUCGGGAAUGUUCGGAACUGUGUUCGUCAACACGCAAGCGCUGUUUAUUUUCUGUCAAGGACUUUUACAGGUUAUAGGUAUAGGAUUACUUUAUACUGUGUCGUGUACAUGUAUAAACGACUAUUUUAUCGACAAGCGGUUGCUAUCCACCGGCAUUGUUCAAAGUGUGGCAGCCGCCGCAGGAAUGGUGGCGCCGAUGAUUGUAUCGUGGACUAUGGCCGAGCACGGGUACCAGUGCACGCUGAUCGUCAUAUCGGCCGUCGGCAUGCAGAGUUACGUGGCUGGGAUGCUGAUGCAGCCCGUAGCCUGGCAUAUGAAGAAGGUGGAGAUCACUGAUUCGGAAUAUAAAACAUUAUUGGAGAAAGAUGAAGACACAUCUCAACCGGAUGAAAACGACGAGAAUGCACGCAGCAGUACGUUUGCGACGAUGAAAACCAUACUGGACUGGGAGAUGGUGAAGAAGUACGGGCCGACGAGCUGCUGCCUCGGCGCACCAGCGGCCAUGUUCGCGGACAUCAUGUUCAUGUUUAACCUCGCACAGGCUUUGUAUGCUUUCGAUUGGAACGAUAACCAAGUGAAAUGGUGUUUUGCUCUUAUCGCCUUCGGGGAUCUGGCAACCAGAUUAUUUCUGAUAAUCUUCAGUAAAUGGCUCAAGCUGCUGAGCAACCGCUUCAUAUAUUUGGUUGGAUUGAUCAUUGCCACGGCUACUAGAAUUGCCAUGCUCUGGAUUUCCGACUACACCGAGAUCCUUAUAUGCCUCGCUGUGAUGGGCAUCUCUCGCUGCAUCAUCGUAGUAAUGUUCGCAUUGGUGGUGUCUGACCAGGUCAAGCCAGAGCAGUUUCCCUCGGCCUUCGGCCUCAGUAUGGCCAUCUAUGGAGUUGUCAGUAUCUGCUGUGGGCCCAUUAUAGGCGCCAUUCGCGACGCAACAAAAAACUAUACCAUCAUGUUUUCGAUCUUGAUCGCAAUCUUCACUACCUCUACUGUGGCCUGGGCAAUGGAGAUGUUUCGAGACUGGAGACGUCAGAAGCAAGAGAAACAACGAAAUAAUUUGACACCAUCAAUGUUUGGCGUAUGCUUCGGAAUGAUAUUCAACGAUUUCUUCACCAAAAUGCAGAUGGGCGCAACUGAAAUCAGUUUGCUGACAGGAGUCAAUUCACUUGCCAUCUCAGUUUCAGCGUUUCUGGCAGGACCGUUGUUGAAAGUGAUGAGCAGACGAAAGCUGGCGCUGGUGGGUGCAGCAUUUUUAAACGUGGGCGUGUUUGGGACUAUAUUCGUCAACUCGAUGGCGCAGCUCAUCGUGUGUCAAGGAUUGUUGCAGUUUUUCGGAUAUGGAUUCCUCUUCAAUGUGUCAUGUACGAUCUUAAACGAAUAUUUUCUGGACAAACGUUUAUUCGCCAUGAGCAUCGCGCAAACACUGUCAGCGGCAGCAGCAAUGGUAGCCCCCAUAAUAGUGUCCUGGUCCAUGGCCGAGUACGGGUUCCGCGGGACUCUGAUUGUCAUCUCUGCAAUUAAUCUGCAUACCAUCGUGGCUUCAGCGUUGCUGCAGUCAGUGGCCAGGCACAUGAAGAAAGAGGUCUUGGAAGAUGUUCAGGAAGAAAAGCUACUGCUACAGAUGGAAAUGUCCGCAAAUGAUCUAAAAAACAAGAUUCUGCAAACUCCUGUUGUUAAAUUAAAUGAUAUCGAAAACGCAGAUGACUUGUUUAAUGAAAAGAAAGAGAAAGCCAAGCCAUCGUCGAUUGAAAAUAUUGUGAUUACGUGGAUAAAAGACUUCCUAGAUUGGCCACUAUUCAAGAAAUUCGCCCUAACGUGCGGCUGCCUUGGGGGACCCGUCUCCAUCUUCGUUGACUCCACUUUCGUAUACUUCCUCGCGCAGUAUUUGUACGACCUGAAGUGGAGUAAUUUAGUUACUUACUGGUAUUUUCAUUUGUACUUUUUGUUUCAGAACGAGGUCAAAUGGGCAUUAGCCCUAAUAGGUUUCGGAGAUAUUGCGGGGAGAAUCUUCCUUAUAUUUUCGAGUUCUUGGCUCAAACGACUGGGAAGUCAUCUCAUAUAUGUAGCUGGUUUAUUAAUUGCUAUUUUGACGAAAUUAGGAAUGCUAUGGAUCACAGACUACACCUGGACGCUAGCCAUCAUCACGAUCAUGGGCGUGUCUCGCUGCACCAUCGCCGUGCUUUACCCGAUGGUCGUCGCCGACUCCGUGGAGCCUGAGCAGUUUCCAUCGGCCAUGGGCAUUAGCAUGAUAAUGUUUGGAACUUUUGCCAUGGUCAUGGGGCCUGCUGUUGGCGCUAUCCGCGAUGCGACGAGCGACUACACAAUCAUGUUCCUGAUUAUGAUUGCCUUCCUGGUAGUUACAGUCGUGGCUUGGAUCAUCGAGUUGCUGCGUGGUCGACGGAAGAUGCCAAGUGCAACGGAGAGAUAAAUGCAAUGAAAUGAAUUGAUCUGAAAGACUUGUU